AUGUCCAAGUCGCAGCCCAUGCCCUCGCGGCCGCACUCUGCAGCAUCAUCCACACGCAGCGGUACACCGAGCACCAAGGGUCGCUUCUUUCGUCCGGUGCCCUACUCGACGACGCUUGCACUCCAGCAAUUAAUGGAUGGAGGGAGUAACAUGUCCCACGCGACGCGCCCAACGCCCAUGCAGCGUGGUAGCACCUCGGCAUCCCGCUCACGCUACGUGACGCCCUCAUCUGCCUCGACUCGUCGCGACCAGGUUUGGCUCGAUUGGGAGGAAAAGCAGGAGUUUGAAGCGCUCAUGAGUGACCAGGACGAAACCGAAACUUCUUGGGUCGAUUUCCAACAACAGCAGGGUCGCGAGAGCGACGAGGAGUCGGCCGAACGCGCUCACGAUCCACCGCCUCGACAGAUACUAGAGGCAUUCUCUUUCCAAGAGCAACUGCCGUCUGCUAGACUUCGAGGGGAACAGGACGAUGAAAUCCCUCCUGACCAACGGACGAUCCGACCAAAGGGGAAAGCCCGCAUACGGAGAGUGAAGACCUCGGAAUCCCUUCGUGCAGGCUCAGCCCCUCUUGUGAUUCCACCAGUACCUUCAGCCCAUCAUACGAACAAGGCUGAUCCGACGGCCGUUCAAGAAUUUGUUGCCGCCUCCUUUCAACCUCCUACGUUCAACCCAGACGACGAGGGCACAAGCCGCCUCGCGAAACGAGGUUCUAUUUCUAUCAAAGGCUUUGCACGAAAGCUAAUGGGAAGAAAGUGA